AUGGCUUGUGCUCACCUGCUUGCCAUCUUCAUACUGAUACAACUCUAUUUGUUAGCUGCAUCUGCUUCUCAUGCCCCUGGUAAUGCCACAGCUUCAUCUUUGUGCCAUCCAGACCAGGCUGCAGCACUUCUCCAACUAAAGGAGUCCUUCAUCUUCGACUACUCGACCACUACGCUGUCGUCGUGGCAACCUGGUACCGACUGCUGCCACUGGGAGGGCGUCGGCUGUGAUGAGGGUGAUCCUGGCGGCGGCCAUGUCACUGUUCUUGACCUCGGUGGCUGUGGACUCUACAGCUACGGCUGCCAUGCUGCGCUCUUCAACCUCACCUCCUUACGUUACCUCGACCUCAGCAUGAAUGAUUUUGGCAGAUCUCGCAUUCCGGCAGCUGGCUUCGAGAGGCUGUCAAAGCUCACUCAUCUCAACCUUUCUUGUUCAGGCCUCUACGGUCAGGUACCGAUCGCCAUAGGAAAGCUCACGAGCCUCAUAUCCUUGGAUCUUUCUUCACUGCAUGGCGUUGAUCCCUUGCAAUUCAACAAUAUGUAUGAUGUCUUGAAUGCCUACAACUAUCUGGAGCUACGAGAACCCAAGUUUGAGACCUUAUUUGCAAACCUUACCAAUCUGAGGGAACUCUACCUCGAUGGGGUGGACAUAUCUAGCGGCGAAGCGUGGUGUGGUAAUCUAGGUAAAGCUGCUCCCCGUCUUCAGGUUCUUAGCAUGGUAAACUGCAACCUCCAUGGUCCAAUCCACUGCCUGUCAAGUCUCCGAUCACUUACAGUGAUCAACCUCAAGCUUAAUUAUUGGAUUUCUGGUGUGGUUCCGGAAUUUUUAUCGGACUUUCACAAUCUUAGUGUUCUUCAACUCAGCGAUAAUGACUUCACUGGUUGGUUUCCUCAGAAAAUCUUUCAACUGAAGAAUAUAAGAUUGAUUGAUGUGUCAAACAAUUUUGAACUCUCAGGGCAUGUACAAAAAUUUCCAAAUGGGACUUCUUUGGAGAUUUUGAAUCUACAGUAUACUAGUUUCUCCGGUAUCAAGCUGAGCUCUUUUAGCAACAUCCUGUCUCUGAGGGAGCUAGGUAUUGAUGGAGGUUCAAUUUCCAUGGAGCCUGCUGAUUUAUUGUUCGACAAGCUCAACUCCUUGCAAAAAUUGCAGCUCUCUUUUGGGUUAUUUUCUGGGGAGUUAGGACCAUGGAUUAGUAGCCUUAAGAACUUGACAAGCUUGCAACUCGCUGAUUACUAUUCCUCCAGCAUAAUGCCUCCCUUCAUUGGCAACCUCACCAACUUGACAAGUUUGGAAUUCACUAGCUGUGGCUUCACUGGACAAAUACCACCAUCAAUUGGCAACCUCAGCAAAUUGACUUCCUUGAGAAUCUCCGGUGGUGGCUUCUCUGGUGCAAUACCAUCUUCAAUUGGUAAUCUCAAAAAACUAAGAAUCUUGGAAAUGUCUUAUAUUGGCUCAUUAUCUCCUAUAACAAGAGAUAUUGGACAGCUCAGCAAAUUAACGGUACUAGUAUUAAGGGGCUGUGGGAUUUCUGGCACAAUACCAAGUACAACACUUGUCAACUUGACUCAGCUGAUUUAUGUGGAUCUUGCACAUAAUAGCCUUAGAGGAGAUAUUCCAACAUCUCUAUUCACUUCUCCAGCAAUGUUACUGCUCGACCUUUCAUCAAACCAACUUUCUGGAGCGGUAGAAGAGUUCGAUACACUAAAUUCACACCUAUCAGUUGUUUAUUUGCGUGAAAAUCAGAUUAGUGGACAGAUUCCGUCAUCAUUAUUUCAACUCAAAAGUUUGGUGGCCCUGGAUCUUAGCUCAAACAAUUUAACAGGUUUAGUACAACCGAGUUCACCUUGGAAGUUAAGAAAGCUUGGUUACUUGGGUCUCUCAAACAACAGGUUGUCCGUCUUGGAUGAAGAAGACAGUAAACCCACAGUGCCCUUACUCCCUAAACUCUUUAGAUUAGAACUUGUAUCUUGCAACAUGACAAGAAUUCCUAGAUUCUUGAUGCAAGUAAAUCAUAUCCAGGCAUUGGACCUUUCGAGCAACAAAAUACCUGGGACGAUACCCAAAUGGAUAUGGGAGACAUGGGAUGAUAGCCUUAUGGUUUUGAAUCUUUCGCACAACAUAUUCACAUACAUGCAACUCACUUCAGAUGAUCUCCCUAACAGUCGUUUGGAAUCUCUUGAUCUCAGUUUCAAUAGACUUGAAGGCCAGAUCCCGAUGCCAAACCUGUUGACAGCAUAUAGCAGUUUCAGUCAAGUCUUGGAUUAUUCAAACAAUAGAUUCUCUUCUGUUAUGUCAAACUUCACUGCUUAUCUUAGCAAAACUGUUUAUCUCAAAAUGUCCAGAAAUAACAUAAAUGGGCACAUACCACAUUCUAUUUGUGAUUCAAGCAACCUCCAAAUCCUUGACCUGUCAUAUAACAACUUCAGUGGGGUAAUACCAUCCUGCCUGAUAGAAGAUAGCCACUUGGGUAUAUUAAAUUUGAGGGAGAAUAACUUUCAGGGGACAUUGCCUCAUAAUGUUAGUGAGCACUGUAAGCUUCAGACAAUAAAUUUACACGGCAAUAAGAUUCAUGGGCAGCUGCCUAGGUCUCUUUCUAACUGCGCUGAUUUGGAGGUUCUUGACGUUGGAAACAACCAGAUGGUUGACACUUUCCCAUCAUGGCUGGGUAGGCUUUCCCAUUUCAGUGUCCUUGUUGUGAGAUCCAACCAGUUCUACGGCUCACUUGCAUAUCCUUCCAGAGAUAAAAAAUUAGGGGAAUACUUCUCAGAGUUACAGAUCAUUGAUAUAUCCUCAAACAACUUCUCUGGUACCUUGGACCCACGAUGGUUUGAGAAGUUUACAUCUAUGAUGGCAAAGUUCGAAGAUACAGGGGACAUCUUAGAUCAUCCGACGUUUAUAAAUGCAUACUACCAAGAUACUGUUGCAAUCGCAUACAAAGGGCAAUACGUUACAUUUGAAAAAGUGUUGACUACACUAACUGCAAUUGAUUUCUCAAAUAAUGCAUUGGAUGGUAACAUUCCUGAAUCAACUGGCAGGCUAGUUUCACUUCGUAUAUUGAACAUGUCACGUAAUGCAUUUGCUGGGAGGAUUCCACCACAAAUUGGUGAGAUGCGUCAGUUGGAAUCAUUAGACCUGUCCUGGAAUGAGCUUUCUGGGGAGAUUUCACAAGAGCUAACAAAUUUAACAUUUCUUGGCACCCUGAACUUAUGCCAAAACAAGCUGUAUGGAAGAAUACCACAAUCACAUCAGUUUGCGACUUUUGAAAACACUUCAUAUGAAGGGAAUGCAGGGCUCUGUGGACCACCUUUGUCCAAACCAUGUGGCGAUUCAAGUAAUCCAAAUGAGGCACAAGUAAACAUAUCCGAAAAUCAUGUUGAUAUUAUCUUGUUUCUCUUUGUUGGGGUGGGCUUUGGCGUUGGAUUCACAGCAGGUCUUCUGAUGAAAUGGGGUAAAAUCAGCAAAUGGUUUCGGAUUAUGUGA